AUGGCUGGAAGACGAGAUUGUCGUGUAUUUGUGGGCAAUUUGCCAAGCGAUGUGAAACAACGAGAUUUGGAAGAUAUUUUUUACAAAUAUGGGCGCAUCAAUUUUAUCGACAUAAAAUUUACAAGGGAUAUACCAUUCGCAUUUAUUGAAUUUGAUGAUCCCAGAGAUGCUCGCGAUGCUGUUCAGGGUCGAGAUGGAUACGAUUUUGAUGGAUGCCGCAUCCGAGUUGAGUUAACUCGAGGUGUAGGUCCACGGGGUCCAGGUGGUCGUCCAUUGUAUGGACCAGAUCCGCGAUCGCCACGACGUGGUCCACCUCCGCGACGAAGUGGUUAUCGUGUUAUAGUUUCAGGCCUGCCCGAUACUGGUUCGUGGCAAGACCUUAAAGACCAUAUGCGUGACGCUGGUGAAAUAUGCUAUGCAGAUGUUUUUCGAGAUGGCACUGGUGUUGUUGAAUACACAAAUUAUGAGGAUAUGAAAUAUGCUCUUCGGAAACUGGAUGAUACAAAAUUCAAAUCGCACGAGGGAGAAGUGACAUAUAUUAGAGUGAAAGAGGGUAAUGCAAACAGUCCAAACCGUCUGCGUUCUCGAUCAUACACACCACGCAGAACACGCUCGUCACCUAAAUACAGUCCUGCACGCUCUGCAUCAAGAAGCCGUUCACGUUCUUCGCUUUCUCGCUCUCGCAGUCGUACAUCUUAUGUUCGACGUUCAGCAUCGCAUUCGCGAUCUCGUUCUAGAACAAAAUCAAAAACUCAUUCUCGUUCUCACUCUGGAUCGCGUUAUUGA